AUGGUUGCCCUCAAGUCAACUCUUCUCGUUAUCCUCGCCCUCGGUAACGAGGCUUUUGCAGCCACUACCGGGGUAAUCUGUGCUACAAAGUUGGGCACUGUCAGUGUCGCAUCGAACAAGAUCCCCCGGGCCACCGUUACAGUCAAAAACCAAAUCACUGUUAUCAAGAAGGUUAUCCGCAAAGUCAAUGUCAUCGUUGUCCCUCAGCCGCGCACGACCACUGAGACCCAAAUCUCAAAGACGACAGUGACCACGGAUGCUGACCCUGAUGUCGAGACAGCCAUAUCGACAAUUACUGACACACAAACAACGACGAUAACACAAUUCACUACGACAACUUCCACAACCGUCACGUCCACGACCGUCACCAGCUACUCUACCAGCACCAUCAAAGCCCCCGACAACUUCAAAUUCCUCCUCAACUCCGGCGGAUAUGUACCGAAGCUCAAAGGCCGCGGUGCCAAGCCGAUCUUACCUCGUGGCACCAGCUCGCAGUACCCUCAGCGAGUGGACUGCACCAAGAGUGUUCCCUCAACUACGAUCAAGACUGUCAGCACUACAGCCAAGGGCGUUCGUGUUACCCUACAGCCCAAGACGAAGACAAAGGUUGUUGUGAAAACAGAGACCGUCACCUCAACCAACUACCCUCCCAAGGUGACAAAGACAAAUACCAUCACUGUCUCGACUACAGUCACUGUGCAUGAUACAGUUACGCGACAAGCUAUUGCUACUGAUACAGUUACCGUCCAGACCAUCCUGCCGGCCGAUCCCUAUUACGAAGCGUGUGGCUCAGAUGCCUUCCUGAAGACUGCAAAUGGUGACAAUUCGGUCAAUCUAGCCACACCCUUCUCGACGUCUUACACCCAGCAGUACUACUUCAGCGCAGACACCAUGAGCCCGUAUUUAUGCUGUGUCCAGUGUAUGAAGAACCCCAAGUGCUUCAUGAGCCAAACGUAUAGCGGCAGUAUAACUUGCUACAACUAUCUAUCAACGACUAUCGAUAACGCCUGUCCCAGUGGACAGAUCCAAUGGACUUCCUACUACGGCAGUACAGGUCCGGCAUUUUACACAUAUGCGAAUGGUCCUUGCGGUUUCAUGAACAACAUUGGCUUACAAGGUUGA